AUGAACGGUACUAGCAGAAGUGUAAAGCCCCUGACCGACCUUCAUGGCGUCACUCUGCCUCUUAUUGAGCCAUAUCUCACGAACGACGACAUCUCCUUCGAUGAGUUCCAGCAGCUCAUCAUCGGUCGAAAGGCAUCCGCCUCCUCGUACCCUCUGGCCUCCUCCAUCGCAGCCGACCUCGUCCCAAUCUACGACUGCCCCUCUCUUCGCAAGCAAGGCCUUUUAACAUCCAACUGGACCGACCCUGCCAACCUCCCUCUCCGCGAGGAGUUCAUCAGUGUCCUCCGCUCCGGUCCUGGUGUUGCCAUCUUCAAAGGGGCAUACGACAACCUUGAUGAGUUGGAUGAGAGCACGAAGGUGUUGACGGAGCUUAUCGAGGAGCAGAGGGCUAUCGACACAAAGGAGCGGGAAGAGAACUAUAUUGUAUGCGACACGGGGAAGAAACAUGUCUUGAAGAGUCCAAAGGCGUUCGUCGACUACUAUAAGAACGAUGUUGUGGCGCUUGCUUCUGGUGCGUGGUUGGGCCCAUGGUACCAGAUGACGAGCCAGAUUAGCCAGUGCAUCCCAGGAAAUAAGGCUCAAAGAAUGCACAGGGAUUAUCAUAUGGGCUCCGCCGUUCACAACCCUGUCAUCCAUGGUGAUAAAGUGGUCGAGUCCGGUUCUGCGGCACUUUUUCCCACUCACAUGCAUAUGGCGGCCCACUACCUCACCCUUCAAGGCGCCAUUGCGCACGUCGAUAUGCCCAUGGAAUCUGGUCCUACCAAGUUUCUGCCGUACUCAAACCUUUAUGACGCUGGUUAUCUAGCUCAGAACGUUGAUCAGUUCAAGGCUUUCUUUGAGGCCCACAAAGUUCAAGUCCCCCUCUCGAAGGGCGACGCCGUGUUUUUCAGUCCUUCUAUCUACCAUGGGGCCGGAAACAACUCGUCCACGUCCAUCAACCGCAUCGCCAACCUCUUGCAAGUCUCCUCCGCCUUUGGCCGUUCCGGCGAUGCCGAGGAUAGGCUCUCCAUGUGUAUCGCCGUCUAUCUUGAGCUCCUCGCGCGUAAGAAGACUGGCAGUUUGACGGAGGACGAGACCUGGAACGUCAUAUCAAGUACGGCUGAAGGGUAUACUUUCCCGAGUAAUAACCGGUUCGUACAUGGGAGGAGGAGUAGGAGCCAGGCGCAAGAAUUUUGGGAUUUAUUGGUGAAGGAGGCGGAUCUAGAGGAGGUAGAGGCGGUCUUGAAGGAGCAUGAGAGGUUGAUCUGGGCGGGAUAUUGA